AUGCUGUUCUUUCUUGUCUCUUCUCAAAAUCAGCCAGGCGAUCCAAGCGGCUGGCCAAGACCAGAGUGGUCAUUAGAGAGCAGCGAAGACCUGAUGAAACGCGCUGGAAUCAAAAGAUCUAUUCUUUCGAUUUCGGCUCCUGGAGCAUGUGUCCUUGAAGGCAAACAAUCCUGGGAGUUGGCACGUACCCUCAACGACAAAGCUGCCGAGAUACGCGACUCUAAACCUGAUACCUUCGGGUUUUUCCUCACGCUGGGCAAUGUCCUCGACACCGAUGAGGCGCUCACCGAGAUAGCCUAUGGCUUUGACGAGUUGGAAGCAGACGGCGUGUGCCUCUUUACCCGAUACGACAGCGACGACGAUUUUGGAGAUCCUAACAAAUACAUCGGCCACCUCGACUUUGCACCAAUCUGGGAAGAGCUAAAUCGACGCAAAGCUGUCGUCUUCGUUCAUCCUACCCAUCCUCGCGACAUCAGCAGAGCCAACAGCUUGCUCUACCAGCCAAUCGUCGAUUACCCGCACGAGACGACUCGCGCAGCCAUGGAUAUGUUGUUGAGCGGUACGAGGAGCGAGUUCCCCGAUUGCCAGGUCAUUCUCUCUCAUGCAGGUGGCACGUUGCCAUAUCUAAUUCCUCGCGUCGAGGCUCUGCUGGUCACUGGCCAUCACCAACACAUGGGCCUCGUUGUGAUCCCUACGGAACGCCUUCUGCGAGAUUAUCGCUCGUUCCACUUCGACAUCGCGCUCUCGACAUCGAAUGCCACGAUCAAGACAUUGCUUGAAACGGGUGUUUCCAAGGAGAAUAUCUUGUUCGGGAGUGAUUUCCCAUAUGCUCCUGAGUCAGCUUACCCGGCGUUCCUCAAACAUUGGCAAGAGGCCGACAUCUCGACCGAACAGAGGCGAAAAAUCCACUCAGAGAACGCGGUUAAGAUGUUUGAGAAGUCGGAAGCGGCCAGGGAGAAGGCUGCACCGAAACUACAGUGGUAUUCGUCCACAGGUCAGGUACUCGGCACUCAGUAA